AUGACGUGGACAAGCCAGGGCCCUCGUUCUUCCUCCACACGCCGCAUGCUACGUGCCUGGCCAGGACGGUGGCGGUGGCGGCGGCGGGCGACGACGUGCCACUUUUGCGGGUGUGCGUCGGUGCUGGUGCCGCCAUCAGGCGAUGCGCCAGAUGCGCUCCCCGCAUCGGAUAUGCGCCUGUCGUCCGGCACGCCCGCACGGUGGUUUUGCUCGGCCUGUGCCUCGUGGAAUCAUACCGACGAGCACGGGCGCAUCCUCGACCUGUACGAGCGCCGCAUGUGGGACGCGUCUGUCAAUGAUGUGCAGUUUGCGUCGCGAGACAAAGACCCUUAUCCUGCCUCGCUCUUCUGCCGCACAUGCCUGGCGAAUCAGACCCUCGUGACCAACCUCCUCGCCAGCUACCUGCCCGAGGAGGACGAGCAGCUCGACGACGAACGCAUGCGCGCCUACCCCGACUACAAGCGCUCGCUGGAAGAGCGGUACCCACUCGCCUGCGAGGCGUGUCAUGCGCGCGCUAUGGCUCAUCUUCAGCAACGGGAUCAGCUGAUCCAACGCACCUCGUUGGCCUCAUGGCUCCAACGCCAAACAUCGACGCCCACGCCCACACCGUCCCUGUGGCCAUGGCAUGCUGCGCGCCUGCAAUGGUGCGUGUGCCAUGCACUCGGCGUAUGUAUACCCCUGCUCGCUCCACGCCUGCUCAUUCUCACGUGCCUCGCACCGUAUCCCUGGGAUCCAUGUCGGCCCCACAUCCACAGGUACCGCACACGCGAUGUGCGUAUCUACUCACACGGAUAUGGCACGCUCACUUGCGUAUCUUAUGCUUUGUGGGCUGCGCGCGUAGGUCUCUACUUGUCCGGCUAUCCUGUCCAGCGUGUGUCGUGGGCCGUACUCCAGGUGCUCGUGCUGUACAUGGCAUACCGCGCAAGAUACAUUGCCACCGACGCGCCCAUGAGUCUCGUGUCGCAACAUGCCACCACGCCCUCCUCCGCCCCCCCGCGCGAUCCUUUAGCGGCCAUGUCGCUUUGUGAGGACCGCGUCGCACAGGCGCCUCUGGACUCGCUCCUCGAACCAUCCGCCGCGGCCGACGAGCCAGAGGACAUGGACGUCGAGCCCAUGGACGUGCGCACACUGCAGUGGGGUCCGCAGCGAUUCGGCGGCCACAUGUCCAGUGGCCUCGAAGACCUGUUUGGACACGCCCUGUCCCUCGACUCGGAUCGACGCGCCCCGCGACGAUGGCCCUGGGCCAUGGGCGGUGCCUUGACUGUGCUCGGACUAUGGCUUCUACACAGGGCCAUGGCGCCUACUUGGGCGGGUCGUUCGGGCCAAUCAUGA